CUCCUUUGCUUUCCAUUCCAGCUCCCAUCUCCGCCGCACCGGAAAGCGAACCAUGUCGGAGUCACCGUCUCAGCCACCGCCUCCUCCUCCAGCUCCCGAAGCGCCAUCGUACUGGUGUUACCACUGCGAGAAGCGCGUCUCCGUCGAGACACUCCCUGACCUACCUGACGUCAUCUGCGGUGACUGCAAGAACGGCUUCGUCGAGUCCAUCCCCACUCCCUCUCUCCCUUCCUCCGCUGCCGCCGCCUCCUCCUCCGACGACCCCUACUUCGGCUCUCACUUCCUCCACGUCCUCCGCCUAAUCGCCCAGUCAGCGCGUGACGACGACGCGUCUCCUCCUCCUCCGCCUAGUCGCUCGCCGGAAAACGAUUUCCUCCGGAUCGAGCUCGGAGGCUGGGACAACGACGACGACGAGGAUGACGAUGACGACGAGGAAAACGGCAUCGAGUUCCACCACGGAGGCGAAGACCGCGAAAACGCAGUCGAGGAGCGAGGAGAUCGAGUCGGAAACGAGGAACCGCACGGCGACGACGAAGAUCUGCGGCGGAGGAGGCGCGAGCUGCUUCGUCUCCGAAUUAGGGAUUUGGCGACGCGAACGAGGAGUAUGCGGAACCGGAUCUUGGAUUGGGCCGACAUCCUGAUGGGCCUUGAGGACAACUCCAUCGAGUUCCGCCUCCAGCUGCCGGAUUCCGAUCGCUACGUCGGAAACCCUGAGGACUACGUCGACGCGGCGGAGUAUGAGGCCUUGCUGCAGACGCUGGCGGAGAGCGACGGGGGAGGGAGGAGGGGAGCUCCGCCGGCGGCGAAGUCUGCCGUGGAGGCGCUGCCGACAGUGAAGAUCUCGUCGGAGAGCGAGGUGGUGGCGUGCGCCGUAUGCAAGGACAUGGUGGGCGUCGGUGACGUGGCAAAGAGGUUGCCGUGCGGGCACGAGUACCAUGGAGACUGCAUUGUGCCGUGGUUAGGUUCUCGAAAUUCGUGCCCUGUUUGCAGGUUUGAGCUGCCAACUGAUGAUAGAGAUUAUGAAGCGGACAAGAGGAAGAACAAGAGAGUCUUCAAUUCUGCUAACGGUGCUUCUGGUUCAGGUGGCGGUGGCGGUGGAGGUGGCACCUUCUCUGGUUGAUGCCAAUUGGUAUGUUCUGUUUCUCAUUCUGUUAUGUUCUACCAUUGCUGUAAUAUAUUUUGUGCUUUCUAUAAUUCUAUCUUCCUUUGUGAACCUUUUUUUUUUAGGGUUAUUAGUUGUUUUUAAUCAAAACUUUGCCCAAUGCUAUUUAUUUGAAGGUUUUUAAUUUUAUGUAGCUGGCUUCUUAGCUCCAGUUGCUAAGAUACUUUGUAUAUAGGCAUUUGAAUCAAUGUGAUCAACACUACUUCAAUUCAAUUCAAUUUGUAGCUUCUCAUCAUGUAAAAGUUUGUUCUUUUGUUGUGGAA